AUGGAGGAGAGAGUGAUACAACUGCAGACAAACUUAUUAAAGUUUAUCAGACAUGUGGACGAUCUCACAGACGAGGAUGACCCAGCGGGGAAUGGCUUCCAUCGGGAGUACAGGGACCUACGUGAAAAGGCUGCUCAAAACAAAGAAGAUAACACUUUCCCUGCCACCACAGGAAGGGAGCCAUACAACAUGAAAAAAAAUAGAUAUAAAGAUAUCAUUGCCUAUGACUACUCACGAGUAACUCUACAACACACAGGUGUGGAAGGAUCAGAUUACAUCAACGCCAACCUCAUCCAGGAUCCCUAUAAUAAUGAUGGCUACAUCGCCUCCCAGGGACCUCUACCCCAUACGGUGGAUGACUUCUGGAGAAUGAUCAUGGAGUACAGGGUCAAAGUGGUCAUUAUGGCCUGUAAACUCAUAGAGGGAAACAAGAAAAAAUGUGCAAUGUAUUGGCCCAAGUCAGUUGGUGAGGAGGAAAACUAUGGAUAUGUCAAUGUCAAACUGACAAAAGAGAAUGUUAUGAAGGAGGACUGUACAGUGCGUGUGUUGGAAGUAUGGUAUGGUGACGAGUGUCAAACAGUUACGCAGUAUCACUACACAGGCUGGCCAGACCAUGGUAUUCCUGAAGAUCGCGAAGUUAUCCUGGCCAUGGUCGCCAAAAUGAGAGACAUUCGUAAAAAUGACUCAGAAAAGGCACCAAUAUUAAUCCACUGCAGCGCUGGCUGUGGACGAACUGGAACUGUCUGUGCCAUUGAUUAUGCGUGGGAGAUUCUCAAAGGUGGGAGACUGACAAGAGACUUCAACUUAAAGAACAUAGUGGAGAUUAUGAGAGAGCAACGUCAGUCCAUGAUUCAAACUCCGGACCAGUAUGAGAUGGCACAUCUUGCUGUGAGAGAUUUAUUCCAGAAACAUUUGGAAAUCAUGGAAGAAAACAUCUACAUGAACUAUGGGGGUAAUGAUGAAGAGCAAGAUGCACUGGAUAGCCUAAACAUGGUGACUGAUUCUGCGAGCACUAUUUCUGGUUCUACACCCAAAGAUGAUGAUGUUGAUAUUUACAGUUACUUGUCAGCAACUAAAGUUUUAUAUAACAGUGUUCGGGACACUGUUGACAGAUGUACCAACGAAGAAGGAGAAAAACUUGAUAGUGACAUUCGACAUGAUGAUAAACAUCCAUCAAGACCUUCAGUUCCAUCUGCAGCUAAACCUGCUCUUCCCAUCCAUGAGCCAACACCACCUCAAGGUGAUGUUAAUAAGGACACUAAACCAGUUGUGAAAAACAAGUAUCAAAAUGUGGCUGUGGCAAGUACUUCCUAUGAAAAUAUGGAUCUGGUGGUGAUAGAGCAAAACCAGGGAAGCUCCAAUAUAUCAAAAUCAACUCCACCCCAGGAAAGGAGAUUCUCACCACAGCUCCCAAAAAAACAAACUCCACCUUCUCCUUCAGCCAAAAGCCAGCCAAGUGGCCCUGUAUUUGUAGGGAAAUCAGCAGAAAGUUCUGUACAUACAGGGAAAAAAGCUGACAGUCCUGUGUUAGCACAGAAAAAGAUGAACAGUCCUGUGUUAGCACAGAAAAAGAUGAACAGUCCUGUGUUAGCACAGAAAAAGAUGAACAGUCCUGUGGUGACGGAUGCUUCUGAUAGCUUUGUUUAUGCGGUCGCCAGUAAAACACAUUUAAAACCUGCGGUCACAACACCACCUUCCUCUGGUCCAAAGUUUGUUAGUUCUGGACCUAAAUGGUCCUCUGCACCAUCCAAACCAGAGACCAAGCCUGAUAGCAAAGAGCCACUUGCAGCAAAACUACCAAAGGAUUCCAUGUUGACUCCUCAACCUGUUCAAGUGAAAGCGACAAGUAAGCCACCAGCAGCAACUCAAGGCCCUGCAACCAGCAAUGGUAAACAUGUAACAAAGAUUAUGGUUAGUGGGGAACGGACACCUGUUUCAAAUACUAAAACAGUAUCAGAACCUAACAAUAACUUAUAUUCUAUAGCAUCACACACAAAAGAGCAAAAGACAAGUGGGCCCGUUUCCUCAGCCAGUACGGGAGGGGACAUUUACACUUUUGUUCAGAAAGACGGAAAAAGGUCCUCUGUCACCAAGAAAGAUAAAGGAGGGUCCUCUCCUCUGAGGUCAAGCCAAGGUCAACCAAAACCAGUUCUUGCCCCACAACAGGAUAUCUACUCCCAAGCUCGUAAUGCCCCUGAAACCGGUUUUCAAAGUCACAUACUUGGCGGAGAUGGAUCCUAUUCUGAGGUGGUGAUUGGGGAGGCUCCGAAGACUGAUGACAAUUUAUAUUCCUGUGUAGAUGUGGCUCCUGCCUCCUCACCUGGUACUGCCCCUCCAGAAAUUCCAUAUCGAGGCUAUAAUGAUUCACCACAUGAACCCCCACCUAGAGGACCAGGAACAGGGCAAACAGACACUUUCCAUUCAACACUGAAUAAAGGUUCAACAACUGAUCAGAAGCCAUUUAAAGGUUUAUUCACCAAGCAAUUGGACUAUUUUAACAACUUGAUAAAAGGCAGUGCCACAGACCAUCAGUACACAGAUACUAGUUCUAUCAAAGGAUUCCAUGAAAGAAUAGGACAGAAACCAAUGGGGAAAAGAGAAGAACCUUCACGUUGGAAGAAAAUAUUUAAAAAACAAUAGAAAUAAUGUUAGUAUUUCUUUGUAUGAUAUUAAAAAGUCUUUCAAAUCCACAAGUUAUUUUAUUAUACCAUGACGGAUGACAUUUGUAAAAUAAUUAUAUAUUUAUAUAUAUGUUUGUGAAUUAUUUAACCAAAUAUACCUUGCUUUGCCUACAUUGAUAUAUUUUAGAUUAAAAGGAAAAGGUAAAAAAAA